AUGCACGGCCUACGAGAUGAUGACGGUUACGGGAGUAUCAGCAGUGGCCCUGGAAAAGGAUAUAAUGCGCGCUCCUACCACACCUUCCCCGCCGUAGAUUACGAGCAAGAGAAACAUCAAUCCUCUCUGUCGUUAUCGUCACGAGAAAAGGGUACUUACGAAAAGAAGACUUGCUCCUUUUCAUCACUGCCUUCUUCAAAGAUGGCGCGCGCACUGUUAAUGUCAUUGCUACUCACACUCGCGCUGCUGCUGACGUACUCGUCGGCACUGCCGGUGAUGUCGAGUGAGUUGUUGAGUCUGCUACGGGGGCGGCAGUUAUCGACGCCGCCGCCGUCGGACUGGGACGAUAACACGGUGCCACAGAAUAUCACGGACUUUGACCCCGAGUCGUGGGUGUUGAGUACGAAUAGCUUUCUGCCAAACCAUUAUCAGAACCAGCCGUAUGUUGCAAACGGAUACCAUGGCAGCCGUGUCCCUGCUGAGGGCGUUGGCUUUUGGAUUUCCACCUCCUCGCCCGACUACAACCCGACCGAAGUACCCCCCAUCAACGGCUGGCCACUCGACAACCCGCGGCAGACGGUGGCCACCAUCUCCGGCUUCUGGGACUACCAGCACAACACCACACGCACAAACUUCCCCGAGCUGCUGAAAAACGGCGGUGAGAGCGUCAUCUCCGGCAUCCCCACGUGGACCACCUUCUACAUCACUACCCCCGAUGGCCAGCACACCUACGCCCCCGGCGUCGACCCGGAGUCCAUCACUGCGUUCUACCAGGGCCUUAGCAUCCGCAACGGCGUGUUGACCACCGCGGUUACCUGGGUCCCUGUAAAGGACGGCCCAGAGUAUCAGAUCACGUUCACGAUCCUGGCGCACCGCUCGCGUGUCAACGUUGGCAUGAUGAAGGUCGAGGUCACCUCAGACACCGACGGUGAGGUGUUCGUUACCGAUAUCCUGGAUGGUGCCGGCGCACAGCGCACCGAGCAUCUCGGGAAAGAAUUCGAGGCCAGGGACGACCUGAUCUGGACUGCGGUGCAGCCCCACGGCAUUGAGGACGUUGCGGCGUACGAGGUGUCGACGCUCGACUUUGGCGCGUGCGCGAGCGCGGUGGUGGAGGGCUCGCGCGUGGAUGCGUCGGAGCGUGCGUAUGUCUCAAAGAAUGUAUCUACGGUUACUCAGGAGUAUAGACUCCAGCUGGCGGCGGGGGAGACGGCGACGCUGUAUAAGUAUGUUGGUAUUGCGAGCAGUGAUGCGUUCAAGAACCCCGAGAAGGUUGCCAGGAAGGCGGCGUUGAAGGCCAAGAGGGACGGGUGGGAGCAGCUGCUAGAGGAGCACGAUGAGGCGUGGAACGAGCUGUGGGAAGAUGGUGAUGUGAUUGUCGAUGGUGAUGAGGUUCUCCAGAUCUCGGUGCGCGCGACCCUGUUCCAUCUCUUGAGCAACAUCAGAGGUGCCUCCGAGGGCCGCGGACUGGGCGAUAACAGUAUCUCUGUUGGUGGCUUGACCAGUGACUCUUAUGCCGGUUUGGUGUUUUGGGAUGCUGAUUUGUGGAUGCUCCCCGGACUGCUUGUUCUGCACCCCGACCAUGCCGCAGCAAUCAACGAGUACCGCUUCCGUCUCCUCCCGCAGGCCAUGGAGAACGCAAAGGAGUACGGUAUGCCCGGUGCGAUGUACCCGUGGACCUCGUCCCGCUUCGGAAACUGUACCGGGACAGGCCCGUGUGCGGACUACCAGUACCAUCUCAACACCGAUAUCGCCCUCGUUCACUGGCACCAGUUCUUGAGCACCGGCGACUACGACUGGCUGAAGGAGCAGGGAUGGCCCGUGAUCAAGGCCGUCACCGACAUGUGGGCUGCCUUUGUCCGGAAGAGCAAUGUGACCGGUGAAGACGGUCUUGCGGUCGGCAUGUACACUGUCCACAAUAUGACGGAUCCUGAUGAAUACGCAAACCACAUUGACAACGGUGCAUUCACAAACGCCGGUGUCAAGGUUCUUAUGGGAAUUGCAAAGGCCGCCGCUGAGCUUCUUGGAUACCCGGCACCUGAGAAAUGGACCGAUAUCGAGGAGAACAUCUUCAUCCCGUACAACACCGAGGCCUCGGUCAUCCCCGAGUACGGCGGCAUGAACGGGAGUGUGGAGAUCAAGCAGGCCGAUGUCGUGCUGAUCAACUAUCCGCUCGAAUUCCGUCUCAACGAGAGUCAGGCUCUGGGUGAUCUCGACUUUUACGCCCGCGCCCAAUCCCCCGACGGCCCCGCCAUGACCUGGGCCAUGUUCGCCAUCAAUGCGGCCGACCUCUCCCCCGCCGGCUGUGCCUCCUACACCUACUUCGUGUACGCCUCGCAGCCCUACAUGCGCGAGCCCUACUACCAGUUCAGCGAGCAGAUGAACGACAACAUCACCGAGAACGGCAACACCAACCCGGCCUUCACCUUCCUGACCGGCCACGGCGGCUUCCUGCAGAUUCCCACCCACGGCUUCACGGGCUACCGCCCGCGCCUCGACGCAUUCUACCUCGACCCCUCGCUGCCCCCGCAGCUAAAGGGACUAGAGAUAAAGGGCAUGAAGCACCAAGGCGCCGUCUUCAACGUCCGCAUUGAGCUCGAGAACACCACCAUCACCCGCGUGCCCCCGCGCAAGACCCUCGCUGCUCGCAACACGACUGCAUCUCUCGAUGCACCUGUAACAGUGCGUAUCGGCACGCGUAACGCCAUGGCCGGCGACUGGCAGGUCGCCCUCGGUGAGUCCCUCGUCAUACCGACCCGCCGCCCCGACCUCAACGGCACGGACCUGCCCGGUAACCUCGCCCAGUGCAAGCCUGCGUACUCCGACAGCACAUGGGUGGCGGGACAAUUCCCGCUGGCCGCCGUCGACGGGAGCAACCACACGACCUGGCAGCCGUCGACAAGUGCACCAAGCGCAGUGACAGUGGACCUGCUGGCCCCGACGAAGAUCAAGGGCGUGUCGUUCAACUGGGCGAGGUACCCGCCGGAGGCGUGGACCGUGCUAGUGGCGGACAGCGAGGACGGCGAGUGGACGGUGGUUGGGUCGAAUAGUACUGUGGAGGUUAGUGAUCCAUGGAGCAGGGAUGAGGCGCUGGUGGUGAGGAGGCAUGUUGGAAAUGUGACGGUGCAGAUGCUGGAGGAGGAGGUGGAGGCAAGAUGGGUGAAGUUGGUGAUUGAGGGAACCAAGGGAGCUACGGCGGUGGGAGCUACGGUAGCGCAGUUUGGGUUGCUGUAG